AUGCCUCGUGGGAAUAAACGAGCGAGUGCCAUAAACUCAUCACCAAGAGGUCGGCCUCGCGGAAGAGGUGGCCGUAGUAGAGGUCGUGGGAGAGGAGCAUGGAGUGCUUCUCCAGUCUACGACAAUAAGUCGAUAGCAAGACCGAUCAGUGUCGAUAAUGAGGAGGAGGAGAAACGUAAGAGGCGACUCUUAAGGUUUAAAGAAGACCGUUGGCGAGCCUCGGCCGGGUCGAGUCCGCCCGACUCAAACCGACCGGCUUUCGCGAUGUCGUCAAAUAGAAGACCUGUCCCUAAGUAUCCGGCCGCGGACCGAUUUCUGAGAGACUUCUUCACAGCAAGUGUUUUCGAUACGAACGGAACAGACGUCGCAAAAAUUAGGACACUGCCGAGAUAUAUAAACAUACCAAAGUCUGGGCCGCGACAUCGAGCUCACGACUUUUUUAUCGAUCUUCCCUACCUACAACGACUAUCGGAUUAUGGCGACGCUGAAUUUAUCAUGAAGGCAGAAUUGCAAGCACAACAAGCGGAAUUAUCAGAAAUAAUGAAGUUUAAGGGACCACGAGUCGAAAUUUCUGCAGAAGGGUCACCAAUACCCGUUCAUGCAAGGCUUGCUCGGCCGUUGCCGAUUAGGACUGACUCGGAUAUUGAAAUGGCAGAUGCUGGGCCGCUUACAGAAUCUCCAACAACUGUAUCAGCAUCAGCCGUCUUUCCCGAAAUUUCUUUGAAGAAAGCGAAUGCGUAUAGUAUAGUCGAUGGAAUAAGAGAGGAUCUGUCUCCUAUGGACGUUGAUGAAGAUUACCUCGGGAGUCUUUUGAGAUCUUCGGCGCGAGCAAGAAGAACGUCUUUAAAUGCAAAUACAAAUACGAGAAGACCAUCGAGAAGGGUGAGCUUCACUGGCACUCAGGAACUUAUUGAUAGGGGAGGCAGAACCAAGGAAACAAUGGAUUCACCAUUGUCAGAAUAUCCAAGAAUUCUGCAAUUUGAGGCAGAGGUCAUUACAGAAGAACCAGAAGAUGUUGAUGACCACGAAGCAGUUCCGGGCACUCCGGGUGUUAACAGUAGCCGCAGUAUUUCUUUAGACGGAAGUUCAAAAGCUACAUCGCCGAAACUGCCAAAGCAGAAGCGAGAAAUAAUACCAGACAGCUUAAAUCCAAUGGUGUUCAAUAUGCGCACGCGGACAUAUGCGAGCUGGGCGACCAACUCUUGUGCUCUUUCGGAUUGUCCGUUUCAUGCUCACAAGCAGCCAAAAUGGGUUCAUGACAUGCUUGUCAAUCCUCCCACUUUUUACUUCUAA